UGAACAUUGAUGGUGAAUUGGCUGACACUGCUUGGGUGUUCAAAGGGAUUCUGGCACGCAUUGUAAGUUUUCGUUUUAACCAAAGUAAUCAGAGUCGCGGCCCUAAAAAGAUAUAUUAUUCACUUUUCAGAGGCAGUGCCAUCGUUAUUGACCUUACAUACCUGGUUUUAUGCCUAUUAAUUUUUUGUUACAUACGGAAGAAGAGACUUCUGCAAGCCUGGCCAGGCUGGUCAGGAGAAUGUCUCCUGCAAUGGGGCCAGUUUGUUAAACUAGCUCUUCCAGGAGCACUUAUGAUUUUAUUUGACUGGGGAUCAGCGGAGACCGGAGUGUUUUUAAUGGGAUUAGUUGGUAAGGUCGAGGUAGGAACACAGAGUGUGAUUUUCAAUCUCGUUUCCACCUUGUUCAUGGUAUCACUCAGUUUUAACAUUGCUGCGUCCGUAAAAGUUGGAAGCUACCUUGGGUCUGGUGAACCGCAGAAAGCUAUUGACUGUUCAAAAGUAGCUGUUUUUUUAUUUU